UCUCCUCUUCUUCCUUCCUUCCCUCCCUGUUCGCUCCGGGGUUGCCUUCUUCGUUCUCCUCCCCGGGUUUUGCUGAUUUCGAUGGUCAACAGAACCUGAGCCCAUGAUUUCUCUCGAUCUCCCCCUCCUUCACCCACCACUCCUCCUUCCUCAAUCAAUGCGAUUCUCCCACCGUUGAACUGCUCUUCUUUCCCCCAAAAUUCUGGUUAUCCCACCUUCAAGAAAACAGUUUGUGAUGAUGUAGAUCGAUCUAGGUCGCGGAGGGGCUUAGUAGACCUACGCUGAAGAUGAGUGAGAACAAGGGGUUCCAGCUGGGCACUAUUGGAGCUUUAAGUUUGUCUGUGGUAUCUUCCGUGUCCAUCGUGAUUUGCAACAAGGCCCUCAUUAGCACGCUUGGUUUCACGUUUGCCACAACUUUGACAAGCUGGCAUCUGUUGGUCACGUUCUGCUCACUUCAUGUGGCAUUAUGGAUGAAAUUGUUUGAACACAAGCCUUUUGAUGCAAGAGCUGUCAUGGGAUUUGGAAUACUGAAUGGGAUAUCGAUUGGACUAUUAAAUCUCAGUUUGGGUUUCAAUUCUGUGGGUUUCUACCAGAUGACAAAGCUGGCAAUCAUCCCCUGCACUGUUCUCUUGGAGACUCUUUUCUUCAGGAAGCUAUUUAGUCGGAGCAUCCAAUUUUCACUUGUAAUUCUUCUCAUUGGUGUUGGAAUUGCAACAGUAACGGAUUUACAGCUCAAUGCAUUGGGCUCCAUCUUGUCACUGCUCGCAGUGCUUACGACCUGUGUUGCGCAGAUUAUGACUAAUACAAUCCAGAAGAAGUUCAAAGUUUCUUCAACCCAACUUCUGUAUCAGUCUUGCCCUUAUCAGGCAAUUACGUUGUUUGUCGCGGGUCCUUUUUUAGAUGGCAUGCUGACGAAUAAAAACGUUUUCGCUUUCAAGUAUACCCCUCAAGUGCUGUUCUUCAUUGUUCUCUCCUGCUUGAUAUCUGUUUCUGUAAAUUUUAGCACAUUUUUGGUGAUCGGAAAAACAUCUCCUGUAACGUAUCAAGUCCUUGGACAUCUGAAGACUUGUCUGGUUUUGGCUUUCGGCUAUGUUCUGCUUCAUGACCCUUUUAGUUGGCGCAACAUUUUGGGUAUUUUGAUUGCCGUAGUAGGGAUGGUACUUUAUUCUUACUACUGCACAGUUGAGACCCAGCAAAAGGCUAAUGAGGCAUCCGCUCAGCUGACCCAGCCAAAGGAAAGUGAAACUGAUCCGCUAAUUGGUGUGGAGAAUGGAAGUGCAAUCUUAAAUGAUGGUGUUGUUACAAAAGGCCCCGUGUGGAACUCAAACAAGGACCUACAUGCAUGAAGUCAUUCACAUCCAAUUAGGCAUUUUAGGAAGCAGCAGCUUCGGUGAAUUGGUAGUGUCUCAAAGAUACUGCUUUACCAAAAGGCCUUGCUGGAUUCCUGAGAUCAAGAUUAAGAUGCUCUAUGUGAAGUUAGAUUUUGGAGUUAAGAGAGAUGUAGUUUAUACAGCAAACUUGCUCAUUCUUUUCUUUGCUGAUGUUUGGAGAAAUGUUGACCUUGAACACCAAAAAGGAUAUUGGGUGUUUCUUUAAUGCGUUUAGCUUUCUGCAUGCUAAAGCAAACAUAGCCCUCUUUGAGGCCUUUCUUU